AUGGACCGCUUCCGCCUCGACUUCGACGGCGUGGACCAGGAUGGCGUGGACACCGUGGAGCCCAUGCGCCCUAGUUCCUUCGACAUGACCUUCUCGCUUGGCAGCUACCCGAGCGCACAAGGUCUGAGCCGGGACAGCGACCAGGAGCACAGCAGCUACCAGGAUAAUAGUAAUGUUACAGACAGCAGGAGGGCUCCCAACCGGGGUGAGAAGGGUAGACUACAUGUGGACGAGCUGCGAGAAAGCUCUCGGUCGCAGAAACUCGACGGUAGCGGCCUGGGGUCCUCGGGUCAUAAGAGACAGACCACAGCCAGCUCCCCGGCGUCUUCAUCCACGCAAAAGGACGUGGCUAACAUCGCGUUAAGACUGGAAGAGAAGGCACACGAGGCCAUCGAUGUGGCCAGUUUGUGCGGCAAAGUGUCGUGGAAACUGGCCAAACGCACACAGGACGUGCACGUCUACAGACCGGCGACACUGCCGUCCGAGGAAGAUUCGUCCACGAAGCUUUACUUUCGCGUCUCGUGCGAAGUGAAGGCGCAUCUCGGGACAAUUAUGGAGUAUCUUACACCAAGCAACUCACGGAGUUAUUUCGACAUUGAGUCACAAGUGUUCCCUGGUCUGCUACACGCCGCCGUGAUCAAACGUAUGGAGCUACCGGAACGCGCGCCGGCGUCCAUGGCGAACUCCGGACAGACGCUGCUGUUCCCGUCUGGCGCUUCGGCUACUACCACUGCCAGUGGGAGUCACGACGACACGUCUAGUGUUGACGAGGACUCGAGUGACUCGUUCCCGCACUUACAAGUGAAGUGGCACGCGAGCCGCUUUGCCGGGCGGUUCGUAAAGCCAGUGGACUUUUUCUUUGUGGAAUAUGCGAAUAUCGAAGCCAUGGCUGACGGCAGAAAGCGUGGGUAUGGGUACAUUCGGUCGGUGGAGUCAUUUAAGGGAGACGAGUUGGCUAUUCGACUAGCGGGCGAAGACGUGGCCAUCCCUCCCAGUGUAGCCAAGUGCAAACGCGGCGUGAUUAACAAAGGUGUCUAUUUGGUUUCGCCCUCGGGAGAUGCCUCAGGCACAUACGAAGUCACGUGUAUGAUGGUGAUCGACUUCCAGAAGCAGUUUGCCAGCUCGGUAGGAGCCAAGAUCAUCCACAACUUCACGGAACGACUCAUAGGGAUCCGCGAAUUACUGUUUAAUACGCUAUUCCGUCCCAUUGCAGUACUUCCGAAGAACCAGUGGAAGCCGGCACGUAGCAACAAAUGCGCCAUCUGCAUGUGCUCGUUCUCGAUCGUGAAAUCCAAGCACCACUGUCGCUCCUGCGGUGAAGCGGUGUGUGGACAAUGUAGUCGCAAGUGGACGUUGCAGCCUGGAGCUCAACCGGAGACACAGGCGAGACUCUGUACGAGCUGUUCGCUGCAAGCCAGAAGCUACCUCAUGCCGAACGGAGACCCCAGUCGCUCACCGGCUGGCGCGUCCUCGCGCUUCUCGUCAGUGAUCAACGACUUUAGUGUCAGUCAACUCGCUGGAAGCCGCUCUGCCGUGCCUCGCAUGGCUAAUGUGUACAAAUGUGACGUCCAAGUUGCCAGUACCGUAUCCCACGACCCCGACACGUUUGCUGCUGCCACAUCAGCGUUUACGAAACUUGUGAGCGCUUUGGGUGACCAGAGUCCUCACUUUAUGUUGGUUUCCUACUCACAACACCAUAACGGUGCCGCGGUGUAUGAAGCGCUUGCACGCGCAGCGCCCGACACGCUCUUUAUGGGCGGAACUUCCAGUGGCGGUGUGUAUGUAGGAGCAACGGCGUCUGCAUUGGGGUGUAACAAGAGUGGAGGAAGCAAUAGCAACUCGCGCCAUCGCAGCAACACGGGAUCGCAGGGCCCUACUGUCGGGUUGUGGGGGAUCUACGACCCGGAAGGGUCUUAUGCGAUCUUGAAUGCCGAUCUGGAUCGUGAACGUCCUCGUGACGCUGCGCGGAGAUGUCUGAUGGAGGGUAUGAAGAUGCUGGCGAUCGAGCCAGAGGAGAGUCCGGACUUUGUGUGGACUGUCAUGGGAGGUGGGGAAGACACGUAUGACGUAGAUGACCAGCGAGAUGGAGAGGAAGAACAGAUCACGCGAGCUGUGAACGAGAUUGUGGACUGCUCGUACUCCGUUGUCGGCGGUAGCUCGUCUCGUCAUGCACCAGGCAGUCGUGGAUAUGCCACGCAGUUGUGCUCCGAAGGAGGCGCCGUUGGCUGUGUGACCAAGCACGGCGCGUGCUUCGCUGUCUGCUGUCCGAGUGUGGAGGUUGCACACGCGCUAUUCACAUGCUACGACGCGACAGACAAGAGUUUUGUCGUGACGAAGGCAAGUGGUCGAGACUUGUUUGCACUGGACCACAAGCCUGCGUUGGAAGCGAUUAACGAGGCAACGCACGGCAUGUUGAAGGAGAUGACGCAGCGACCGGAGAAAUUCAACCUCGAGUCCAAUUUGCUACCGGCGUACUACCCGAUUGCACGGGAGCGACGUGGAGCUGUGCCUCGUGGCCUCAAGCGAAUGAGUUCUCGCUACCAGAUGCUGCAACCGGAGACGUCGGCAGGCGAUCUUUCAAUACAUUUGGGCGCUGAGGUGCGUCUCGGCGAACGACUGCGCAUGAUGACGCUCUCUCCUCGAGGUGUGGCUUCCAAGACGCGUCGUGGACUGCGUGACGCUGUCCGGGUGUCUGUCCCCACAAUGGAUCUUCAAGAUAUCAUUGGCUGUUUCCUCAGUGUUGGCAUGAGCUACGACCGCGUGUUGCAGGGCGACCUGAAUGCUGUGGCUGAUGCAACGGGAAGUGCGUUCCCUCAAGGCGCCUCGUUGCUGUCUGUUUCUCAUGGACAGCAAGGUGUGAUGACCGGCGGUAACGAGGCUGUUCAUGCCAACAGUAUGUUCACAGCUUUGAUCGUCACGAACCGCAAGAAGGCGCAGAAACUCAAUCCUCUCCGGCCACUCAACAUUCGAGUGGCUACGACCACCGCGUAA